GGCGAAUUUAACUUGGAUUGAAAGUUUAAUGCUUUUUUUAAAUACUCAAUUACAUUUAUUAUUUUUUAAAAUAAUAAAUCUUUUUGAUGAUUUAGUUGAAAUAUGCUUUGGAGUUAGUAUGUUUCAUGUUUCCCUGGAAACUCUGCCUUACUUUACAAAAGAGUCUGGCAGAGAAUUGUUGAAGGAAGGAAAAGAAAACAUAACUCUAAGAGGCUUGAAAAUUCUUUUAGAGGAUGUUAAUAAAUUCAAAGAAUUUUCGGCUACAGGAAAAUACUUGUUAUUAAGGUUUAUAGGGGAAAAUUUGAACCAAAGACAAAGAUCGAUUCAUUUGAUGGAAUAUCUUCCAGAAGUGCAAGAAACAAAUUUUAAAAGGCCGGUUUUUAUAUUGUCAUUACCAAGGACAGGAAGUACCUUUUUUCAUUGUUCACUCCUAAAAGAUAAAAGAUGGAAUUCACCAACCUCGUGGGAAUUUCACCAACCUCUGCCACACGUUUAUCCUCUACCAUCAGAAUAUGUAAAAAAGGUUCGAUCUUUUAAUAAAUCCCUCAGAAGUAUGGAAAUUAGAUUGGGAGAAUCGUUUACCAGAUCUCAUCAUGUAGAAGCUACAAGUCCUGAAGACAUCGGUGAAAUACUCAUUGGAGAAGGUAUAUGGUGCUAUAUGGCUGAAGCUUUCAAUUUACCAAAUUAUAUGGACUAUAUCAAAAACUUACCAAAAAAAGAUUUCGCCCAAAGCUAUAAUAUCAUUAAGAAACGUAUACGACUCAUGUGUAGAUAUCAGAAUAUGGAAAAUAGAAGAUUUUUACUAAUGCUUCAUCUAGGUUUAAAUACUAAUAUAGAAGCCCUAUUAGAAACAUUUCCAGACGCUCAAUUUAUCAUGCUUCAUAGAAAUUUAACGGAAAUAAUUCCGUCUGCUACAUCGCUGUACAGCUAUCUUCAACUAGACUAUAAGAAACAAAAUUUAGAUAAUAAACAAUUCAUAUGCGAUGGAAUAACUGAGAGAUAUGUUGAAGAACUGGAAAAGAUGAAAAGUUGGAGGAAUAGUGAAAAAUUUCAAGAUUGUAACUUUAAAAGAAUAAUCGAUAUCAAAUUUACAGAUCUCAUAAAAGAUCCAAUUCAAGUUUUUAAAAGUUUAUACAAAGAUUUGGAAAUGGAAUAUACACCAGAAUGUAAUGAAUCAUUUUUGAAGCAUUUCGAAGAACAAAACAAAAUUAAACGAGUAAAACAUGUUUAUCAAAAAGUUAAUGUUGAUAAAAAAUUGUUAGAGAGAUCUAAGGAUUAUCAUCAUCAAUAUGUUUACUGAAAUCUGACCAAACUUUUAUGGUUUUUUUAAUUAAUCAUUAACAAUAGUUAAAUAAAAG